AUGUCUGGUGGCUCGGAGCUACAUGCCCUUCGUAAUUCUAUCCCUUCACCGACUCGCCUGGCUCGGCCGACCAUGUCGAUUGCACACCAAACACGCCAAUUUUCCUUCUCCUCAUACCUGAUUACACCCAAGGAGCUCGAUGCCGCGCUUAAGAAAAACCCUCGCACAAAGAUCUCAACCUCUCCUCGUGUAGUUCCUCUAUGCGCGGCCUGGUUCAUGCCGAACGACCCCGAGGGUCGUAAGGGAAUUGAUAUCUUCCGCAAGCACCACAUUCCCCAGGCGCGUUUCUUUGAUCUGGAUGGCAUCAAGGAUCAUGAUUCGCCCUACCCGCAUAUGCUUCCCACCGCCGAGACAUUCGCUGAGGCGAUGAGUGAGCUUGGCAUUCGACGCGACGAUGAAGUUGUGGUUUACGACACGGAGGAGCUAGGAAUUUUCAGCGCGCCCCGGGUUGGUUGGACUCUUCGAGUCUUCGGACAUCCCCGAGUCCAUGUCCUUAACAACUACAGGCUGUGGGUUCGCGAAGGAUACCCGACGGAGACUGGCGAGCCCUUCCAGCCGGAGAAAACCAGCUACCCUGUGCCUACCUACGACUCGAAGCUCGUGAUCCCCUACCGGGAGCUGAAGGAAAUUGCCAAGGAGCACAGAAAGGAGGGUGCCAAAGAAGUGGAGAUCCUGGACGCACGUUCGUACGGCCGCUGGGCGGGAAGCGAUCCUGAGCCGCGUCCGGGGCUGUCAUCGGGACAUAUUCCUGGCUCCCAAAGCUUGCCUUUUCAGGAGCUGCUGGACCCGGAGACCAAGACAUAUCUCCCCGGACCCGAGCUACGCAAAAUAUUCGAAGGAAAAGAUCUGGAUACGUCCAAGUCAAUCAUCAGCUCAUGUGGAACUGGUGUGACGGCGACUAUCAUCGAGACGGCAUUGGGCGAAGCGGAGUUCGGAGAGCCCAAUCUGCGGAGGGUAUACGACGGGAGCUGGACUGAAUGGGCACAACGUGUCAAGCCGGAAGAGGGUCUCAUCAAGAAGGAAACGUAG